CCUGCAACUUCGCAUCCGCGUUCUCGCCCGCGCCGUCGUCGCUUGUACACGCUGGUCGAACCGUCUAGGAGGCUUCGACGAUGGCAAUGAGAUAACUGAACCCGCAAUAGAGCCAUUCCCAUCUCGCAAAGAGGAUGGCGUCACCACCGCCUGUGCGCAUGGCGACGUCGCCAGUCCAGUCUAACGGGCACCCUCCUCACGGACUACCGCUCCCGCCAGAGAAGCGACAGAAGCUGUCGCAUGGCCCAUCGCCACUGGGAACAUCUCCUGUUAGCACGCCUGGCCCAUAUUCGCCAUACAGCCCGCAAUGGAGUCCGCACACAAUGGUACCUCAGCAACCCCCGUCCGUAGCCUAUUACCCUCCCAACCCGCUCGAAUCAUUCAAUCAGCCGCAACCGGUGCAGUCGCCGAGCUUCGAUUCGCAACCGCACAAUUCCAACAGCCAACGUCAGAAUAAUGCUGGCGCCAUGGGUCCCCCGGAGAGACCACAGAAGCCUCUCGACCCUAACGACAUCACCGACAUGGUAGCUUUAUCAGGUGUUGAUCUGCGCGCAGAAGACGAGUAUCUGGCUCAAAGCUACCUCCGUUCCACAUCAUUUACCACGUCGUUCGGCUCUCAACGCUCCUCCACGCCCUCGCAAGGCAAUAACAGUAGUUUUACCCAAUGGUCACAAGCCAACUAUGGCUCUCAGCCUGCUUUCGAAGCUGGACGGCCAUUCAACCAACCUCCAGUCACUGAAAAGACGCUCGAGGACGAGCUGCGCGAGAAACACAAGCGUCAGGCGAGGAAGUAUGCUGAGCUACGGCAAGUCCACAUGCGGGACCCAUUCCUUGCGGCGCAAAGAGUUCGCGAGCAGAUUGAAAAGAGAGCUUAUGAAGAGCAUGUGCGGUUCAAUCAGCAAGGCAUACGUGAUAUACCUGUGCGACCGCCUGGGGAGUUGCAGCCACAAGAUGUUCAGGCGAAGACUAUGAUGGGCUCCGACGGCACAGGGCUUGUUGCUGCGAAGGCCGAGGUAUCCGUACGGCACACGGUUGAGCAGGAUUCCCCGGUCAUUGAAGUGCUCUCGUUGCUCAGCUUAGCUGCCAACGAGCGUUUGCGCACCGUUCUGGAAGAUGCUUUUGCCGUUUCCCGAGCUCGUCGGUUUGGCAGUCACGGCGUUGUGCCACCUGAAUGGUCAUCGAUAGCAGAGGGGAGCGGCCCGUCUCAGGAUACGACAGCUGCAUCUCAGUCCAUCACUCACACAUCAUGGGAUCGACCGCCCGAGCGCGCGGUUAGUCCAUCCGCACCACAACCACCCAAACCGACUGACAGCAACGGAGCGCGACUGCCAACCCCACCUACCGAACCUUCACCACCACCCCAACCUCAGCCAACGAUAGCAUACAAAUCCAUGAUACCGUCGCUCCUCCGGGAUAUCGCUGCUGCUGAACGUGAAAUGGAGAAGAAGAGACUCGAGAAACGCAAACGGCGACAAUCCUCCCUUGCACCAGGCACAUCAAGCGAAGGCAUCUCCACACCGGCGGCGCCUUCUACCCCAGCAGGUGUGGACCCGGCAGUAGCAGUGGCCAGCGUUGUUCCUCCAAAGAUGACGAAGAAGGCACUGGCAGCGGAGAAGAAAUCAGCUGUAAAUGAGGAGGUACAGCGCAAGCAAGCAAACGCAACGGCAAAUAUGGCCUUAGGUGGUGGCGGUAAGAAGUACUCUUGGCUCAGUGGGGGCAAAACCGCGGGCGGAGGCGGUCUCACUGCUGGAGCGGGUAUGGGCCGUGGGGUAGGAACUACUCCCAAGAGCGGGAGCGCGCCUGGUACACCGGGGCCUUCAUCAGCAUCCGGAGCUGCAGCAUCAGGGACGGGAAAACAGGGCGUGGCUUCCCAGGAAGAUCCAGGACUGAGGAGCAAAGAGCUAUGGAAGAAGUUGGGGAUGUGGAGGGAAGACGGAGAGGGCGGGAAAGGAAUACAGAUGAGAGAUUUAGUCAAUGUGCUGGAGCGGGAUGGCCUCGAAAAGAGAACUCUGAGUCGGUGUUACCACCGGCUGAAGAGUGAUGAGAAGGAACGAUGAGGGGAUAAGAAUUUAAUCGAUACAUCCGGUUGACGCGAACUGAACGGCUUGGAGAAUGAUCUUUUAUCCUGAGAACAUCUGCAUUAUUAGUAUUGCUAUCGCCUAACAUGACGGUCUGGGGCACGAGGGCCUCUAUUCCCCAUUAUCUCUCCUAUUCCCGGAUGCCUCAAUUACAUAGCAUGGAGUUGAGGAUUUGCAUUAGGUGGGAGUCACUCUUGAACCGAAACUAACUGAAAAUGGCCGCGAAUUGGCUCUGAUACAGGGAAACGGCGGAGCAGGAAUAGGAUACGCAAUUGCCAGACAUAAAAUCGAUUUUCAUGUUUCUUG